AUGCACAUACUGUGGCAGUGCCCUGCAGCCAGAGAUGUAUGGGCUGGAUCUGUUCGAGCUAUUCAAAAAUGGACAGUUGAGGAAGAUUGUUUCUUAGUUUUCUGGGACAAGGCAAUGCAAAAGCUUGAGGUAGAAGAGCUAGAGAUAGUAGCAGUGGUGAUGAGAUCAUUGUGGCAAAGAAUGAACUCUUUUAUUUUUGAAAACAUCUUCAAUGGACCUGAGUCUUUAUUGAGAAAGGCAAAGACAAUGUUUGAUGAUUUCAAAGAAGCUCAAAUUAAGCUUUUAACUCAAGCAGAGGAACCAAGACAGUUAGAAGCUAGUGUGAGCAGCAGAGGUAGUCAUGUGUUAUGGAAAAAACCUGAUCAAGGAGGUAUUAAAGUAAACUGGGAUGCUGCUCUCAAUAGUAAAUUUAUGGGAUUGGGAGUGGUUAUGAGAAACGAGAAAGGGGAGGUUUUGGCAUGUGCUUGUAGCAGGAGAUUGCCUGCAAUAAAUUAUGAUGUUGCAGAAACUGUUGCCUUAUGGUUUGCAGUGGAAUUAUGCUUGGAUCUGGGAUUUAACAGAGUCACUUUCGAAGGAGAUGCUCAAUCAGUGGUCAAAGUUGUUAAUAGCAGGGAGGAGGAUUUGUCAUGCGGAGGCCAUAUUAUAGAGGAUAUAAAAACAAUACUGGAAGGGCGCAGUGCUUGGACAGUGCAGUUUAUAGGAAGAAAAGGAAAUGAAGUAGCUCACUUGCUUGUAAAAAAUGCUUUAAAUUUAGAGUUUGAUAAGUUUUGGAUAGAUGAAUGUCCUGCUUUUAUUUUUUUACAAGUAUGUAAGGAUAUAAAUUGUUCAGGUUUACAGUUUGAUGAAUGA